UGCACAGACCCGAUAAGGCGAAAAACCCGGUCGCGGUUAGUUGCUUCGAGCGUCGAGGCAAAAAAUAUUUUGAAAAGUCGGCAAAUUGAGAUUGUAACAGCGUAAGAAUGCAGCGAGAACAGGGACUUCGUAAACGCGGGCCGCCGAGUAAAUCAACUACAACUGAUGUGAGGGCAGGGUUCUCUGAUACGGAAAAGAGUACGAGUGCUUGUCAAUCGUUUCUGAAAGUUGUUUUUGUAUUCGUUUUAUUACUCGCAGUCUUCCUAUGCAUCUCCUAUGCAAGGUCUCCGAUUUCUGCUGUUUCCAUUAGCAGUAUACACGACAUUCGACAGUUUGAAUGGGCGCAAGUUGAGAAUAAAGAUUUGCAACGCGGAGUACGAAUUCUACCUGAACUGAUUGGACCUGAAUCCCUUGCGAUAGACGAGCAUGAUAACUUGUACACAGCACUCGCUGAUGGACGCAUUGUCAAAAUCACGAAUCCCGGUAAUAAAGACCAAACCGUUACCGACUUAACGAAAUCGUUCGACUAUGCAAAAGGAAGCAAACGACGCAAGAAACGUCCUCUCGGUAUUCGCCUACAUGGGUCGAAGUUAUAUUUCGCAGAUGCCUACCAGGGAGUGAUUAUGAUCGAUUUAAAAUCGGAAAGUUAUGACGUCAUCGUACGCUAUUAUGACGUCACUCCAUCACUAGUAUUCGCAGAUGACUUAACCAUCACAUCAGAUGGUAAAACGAUAUAUUUCACCGAUAUGAGUUUGAAAUGGUCUUAUGAGGAACUCGCCCUCUUUGCUCUGGAAGCGGAAUGCAGUGGGAGGCUUUUCAAAGUUGAUGUGGAAACAAAACGUACGGAACUAGUGCGAAAUGGUUUAUGUCACACAAAUGGAAUCGAGCUCGACCGCACUGAAACUCAUGCUAUUGUGGCCGAGCACAAUCGGCGCCGCCUUGCAGUGAUAAGUCUCAAAUCGGGGGUGGUUGUGCGACACGUUUUGCUGCCUGGUGGACCAGAUAACGUACGUAGAAGAAAAGAUAGGGGGUAUUGGGUGUCAAUUCCUUAUAUGCCCGAGCCAGGACAUUUCGCUACGUGGCACCCUGUGAUUCGUAACAUACUUGCAACCAUUCUAGGCGAACUCGGAAUUCUAGGAUGGGUGGAUUUAAACCAAGGAAUAGCCGUGAAGUUGGAUGAGAACUUUGAGCCUGUAAGCAUUCACUAUGACUUGGAAGGGAAACUGUCGAGAGCGAUCACAGAAAUAUCUGAACUUAGCGAUGGAAGACUCGCUGUGGGAUCUUUCAUUAUGAAUGGGAUUGCUUUGGUGGAUCCAUUGCCUUCUGACUAAAGCAUCACUACAUCUAUAACUCUAUAGUCUCUUGCAACGUUUCAGUGCUUCGGGCCCCCUUGAAAAUAUUUAUAUAAAGUCAUGAAUCUUUCAUAAUAGAAUUAGUUAUGUUAUUUACAAUUGGUCUUUUCUAAGGCUUAGCUUACUGAACACAGUAAAUGCCUCAAAAUUGUUAUAAGUUGUGAACUGUCAGUAACAUAUGCAAAAGCUACUAAAAAAUAAAUGGCGACACUAAUCUUGAUUGUGGGGCAACGUAAAUGCCUGAUAAAUAAUAAAAAGAUUAAAUGAAU